AUGCUGCAUGCGAUUGUACAGUGUGGCACGCAUCAAUUGCUGCGAUUGGUGGCUCUGAUUGUAAGCGCAUCGCUUGUGGAUUUGUUGGCAGCCUCACCGACGACCGUGUAUGAUAGUUACAGUGACAACCAGGCGCUUCUGGUGCGCACAGGGAUAGACGAACCUUCCGGACGCGAUCAAAAUUCAAUUUCCUUUCCGCGUAACCCACUUGCUGCCUCUUCGUCCGGCUUCGGUGCACACGGUCCGGAUACUGCGGAAGCACUUCCCGUCCAGCAUCAGCUUCUUGGCGGUGGUGGUGUAACGCGCGUCCCGUGGUACGGAUUAACCGAACUUUCCGACAUACUGCUGCUCGGUGUACUGGUAACGGUCGCGGUAAUCGGUACAUUACUGUUCGUUGUGCUAGUGUUGGGUUUGCGGGCGAAGCUGCACAUUUUCCGGGAACAGCGCGCCGACCGACACGAUAUACCACGGUCCGCCGACUAUGUGCAGCAGCUGCAGGUGCGUGAGUGUAGCGGGAUCAAGUGUGCUGGAGGCGGAAGUAAGCUAAAGUUGCUUAAAACACCACCCACCCCACCAUCGCCGCCGAUCGUACUGCUAGAGGCAAGUGCAUUAGUAAAACCGGUUCCGACGACGUGUGUAGCUGUGAACGGUGCUGACGGUAGCGGUGGUCGACGUCGUGCCGAGCAGCAUUUAAACCUAUCCGAUAAGCGGCACCGUUCGCCGAAAGCGAAUAAACGGCUGCCAGCCGUAAGUGUGCCGUUGCCAGUGGCAACGGUAAACAUGAGUACGUCGAUCGGGGCAACCACGAUUGACACUGCCAGCGCUACCAGUGAACGUGAGCCCGAACACCUUACGAUUGACGAUAAGGAAAACUGUGUGCAGCGUGUAUCUUCCGAGCAGGUCGAGGAACAACAGUCGGCCGGACAGCGUAACGUGCUGAAAAGACAAUCGGUUGCAGACCAGUCCGUAUUUGGUACAAGCGGUACACCCGGAACGCCCGGGAACGGAUCACCGAACACCUACAUCCAACUGUUAACACCAUCCUCGGCUUCAUCGCUUUCUACGUCCGCUGCAACCACCGACAAUAAUGCGACCCCAACCAAAGGUCCCUCUGAGUGCGGUGGUGGAAGCGUUAGCGGAGGACCACUGUCCGCAGCGGAAUCAAUGGCCGCGGCACGGUUUGGGUUUUCGCCCCGCUCGAUACACUCGUUUACCGUGCAGACGGCCACGUACUUUCGCUUUCCGGACGUGGACGAUUUUACACCGACACCGCGCACGCUGCCGAAGCGACACGGUGGUAAGGAGACCUGCUCUACACCGCCGGCCGUUGAUGCACGCACCGAGGAGGAGGAAGAAAGCGAACAAGUGAGACGGAUGGAGACGCGUGAUGCGCCCAAGGUGUCUGUUUUGGCACCGUCACCUGGCUCGAUGCCAUUACCACCUGCUCCACCGGUAAAAACGGUGGAACCUCCCACAAUUGAUCGUGCGGAGGAGAUCGCGCCGGCCGUACCAAAGGAACCCGCAAUCGAACCGCGCACCGCUCGUAUCUGUGCACCGAUGGCUAACCGGCGCGUAAGGCUCAAAUCAAUUUCGCUCGAUUCCGAAGGCGCUCGGCUGGUGGAAGAAAAUCUUAGCUCGACCAUACCCGUGCAAGAGCUGGUCGGGAUGGCAGCGCAUCGGUCCGGAGGGUUCGAUAGCGUCAUCGAUGAUGACGACGAUGACGAGGAUAAUGAAGACGACGAUGACGACUAUGUGCGUAAACACAGCGAUAACGAUAAAGUGAACGCAUCCGCACACCAUGAGACUGAGGACGAGGAUGAACACGUUAUCGCAAAGCGGUGUGCGGAACGGGCCAAACGUGUACGGAACAUUUUAAACCUUCGACUGAACAUCCCGCCCAUGCCGGGCUCCGGCAUUGGUACGGUGCAAUCACAGGCAAGACCACCACCACCUGCCGCCUCACAAUCGACCGGUUCAGUAGCAAAGCCGAUCGUUAAAACGGUUACCGUCACCGGAUCUGUUUCAAAUCCGACAAUGAGCACACAUCAGCACCACCAUCAGACCCAACACCAUCAUCUGGAAGACAGCAAUGAGCAGUUUUACUUCGAGUACUUUGACUACGGUGACGAUGAGGACGAAACGGACGACGAGUACGACGAGGUGCUGUACGGGGUGGAACAUGAGGACAAUAACAACAACAACAACAGUUGUGGCAACAGUACCCAUAUGGUUGCGUUACCACCAGUCCCCAAAACACCGACCCUAUCGCAGUCUAAGCAAAAGGCAAGUUCGCUCGAUUCGGACAAACUGAAGGUAUCGAUCCAGUACGGUGCCGGCGGUGGUGGGUCUAGCAGUGCUUUCGGUUCCGUCAGCUGUGGUGGCGGCAUGAGUCACAUCAUGAGUAUCGCCCAACCGACAACUGGACAGGGUAUGUCCAUGCUUAGCUACUUUCAAUCGCACACCCAGCAGCAACAGCAACAGCAGCAGCAACAACAACAUCAGCAGCAAUAUGGACAAUUUCAAUUCCAUCAGCAACAGCAACAGCAGCAAGUUUACACGACCCAGCAAACAACCGGGCAGCUGCAGCAACCCCGACGGGUGUCUUCCGUUUCCGUGCCAACUACCCCGAAACGAUAUCAGUAUCGGACGGCGGUCAAUCAUCAUUACUAUCACCAUCAGCAGCAACAUUACGCGAGUGGACAAUCAAAACUGAAACCCUCCUACCAUCCGGGACCGACAAGUUCCUCCUCCUCAUCGACCGCGCUGGGUAGCGAUGGUGGGCCAGCGAAUGGCAACCGGAAGGAUAAGAAAUCCCCUCUCGGGUUGAAAGCUAUUGCCGGAUGUGACGGUGCAGCUACGCCCCAGUCUCAAUCACCUUCCGACAAGGAAAAACCGGACGACGGAUCAAAAACAUCCAUGCCGACCAGUGGCCGGUCAAGCAUACUGCAGCGCCGUGGCUCCAACCACAGUCUCACCCUUAACCUGGACGUGUACAAUCGUGGGGGAAGUGUCGAUCUGACCUCGUCUAGCUGCAGUUUGUACCGGGGUUCUUAUAAGAACCUUCACCAGGUUCAAUCACACUCGCAGCUGUAUCAGCCACACCCGGUGGAACCACCGGUACGGGUGCAAUGCCAUCAAGCCUCACCACAGCAACAACAGCAGCCAACGCCGACCGGGACAACGUCCAGCACAACGGUUCAUAACAGCACCGGUGAUGCUGGCGGAAGUACCACCGGCAACACGAACAACAACAAUAACUCGAAUACCAGCAAAAAGAAUCUCCUUCAGCGGCGUGGCUCCAACACGAGCCUUACGCUGAAUCUCCGGUCCGGUGUUGGGACAGGUACGGGCGGCGGUGGUGGGGGAGGAGGAGGCGGCGGUGGAAUCGGUUCCAACUUUGGGUUAAAUCGGUUCAGCAGUCACAAUUCGCUCAACAUCGGUACGAUUAAUGCGGGCACGCUUGGCGGUGGACAUCAUCAUCAGCAACACCAGCAGCAGUUACCGUCCUCGUCGAUGGUACGGCUAGCCGGAUCGCGCAAGAGUCUGCUCGAGCGGCGCAAUUCGAACGCCAGCCUGACGCUGAUCAACGUUAACCAACGCACACUGUCCGUUUCGAACUGUAAUCUGCGCGGUUCGAUCUGUAGCCUGAACAGUCUGCUAACCACACACACCCAGAACGAACCGGCGCCGUCCGGUAUGAUGCUGGAAGAGGACGAACUGGACGGUAAUGGCGAUAAUGACCAUCAUCACCACCACCAUCAUCAUCACCAUCACAAUCACCAUCAUCAGCAUCAUGGUCAUCAUGGGCAGCAUGGGCAUUCCGGGCACCAUGGUACACAUCAUCGAGUAGGCGGCGAGUUGCGACGAUUCGGUAGUAGUGUCGAUGCCACCUUUUCUGGUACCGAUGGUACAGCUGCACAGUCAGAGCUGUUGGGUACGAACGACGCUCGGGAUGGGAAUAGUGGUAGAUCGUGUGCGUACGGGCGACUUACGGUAAGUUCCGGACAUACCUCGAUGGAUCAGCAUCAUCCCGGUGGUGCAGUUCAUCACGAGAACGCACGUGGAAGCAGUCGACAACGGAAGUUUCGUAGCUCGGAUAGUUUGCACAACAUCAAUGCCCGUGAACAGGGUUUGCAGGGGUGUGAGAUGAUGAGUGGUAGACAACAUCAGCACGGUCACGGAGCGAUGGAGCGAACCCACCUGGAAGGCGAUGGGAAGUUAAUGUCCGUCAGUACCUACCAACAGCGCAGUUGCCAAUCGUCUUUCGAUGAGCGCCAUCAUUAUGGAUCGUCGGAAAACUUUAAGGAGCAUCAGAACAAACUUUCUAUCCACCGCGGACUCUUCCAGAAGGAUCCGUCCACCGUAACGUCCACCUCGUCGGCCAACAAUCUGUCUGCGCUCGGUACCGGUUCGCUGUACAACUGCUGUGGCGUUUGUUGUUGCGGCUGUUGUUGCUGCUGUACCGGCACACUAGAUGGCGGUAGUUGUUGCGAUGGCAACGGGCUUGCACUGAAGGCGGGUAACUUAAGCAUCAGCAAUUCGAACGUACGCAACAUCUCGACCAAACCCCUCAGCCCGCAAACGACCAGUGAAGAUUUUAAGAUCUAUCUGGCCAACAUACAGUUCCUGCAGAAUGCAUCGAACGUACUGACGAUAGCGUACCUACGAAAGUUGCACAAUUUCUUCAGCAAAACGUAUCGCAAAAUGGUUGCUUCUGCUGCGCAGGAAGCCUUCCGACAGCAGCGGACACACUCGAAAGAGGGCAACGAAGCAAAUGGGAAGGAACGAUCGAAGGUGGAUGGGGCCGUGCAGGAUGCGACGUCCAGUACGAAAAUGAUGUUACUGCACAGCGACAGUUUGCAUCAUCCACCGGUUUGUGACGAUGAGUCGUACGACGAGGAGCACAAAAAGAUGGUGCUAAAGAUACACCAGGAGUUUUGGGAUUUGCCCACCAACUAUCAGGAGAAACCGUUGGUGUUUGGAUCGCAGGCAAAGAAUCGCUACAAAACUAUCCUGCCGAACGAACAUUCGCGCGUUAUUCUCGAACCGGAAAGAGCACCGAUCGCUGGCGGUGAACCAUAUAUCAAUGCGAAUUACAUUAAGGGUCCUGAUUAUGCGAACAAUAGCUACAUUGCUACCCAGGGACCGCUGCCAAACACAAUCUACGAGUUUUGGCUGAUGGUGUACCAGAAUGUCGCACGUACAGCAACGGCCGCCGGAACAUCGCUUCAAGCGGUCGGGUUGGAGCAGAAAAUAGUGAUGCUAACAAACUUUGUCGAAAAUGGUCGCCAGAAGUGUGCGAUCUAUUUCCCACAAACCGAAUCCGAUUGGCUCGCGUUUGGCAAUACGGCCGAUGUGGAUGUGAGUGAAGUUUUGCGAGAAAAGGAUAGUCUUUCGGCAAGAAUCUCUCAGCACGAGGAUCAAGCAGCGAUCGUAACGGUGCAAGUGCGAUGCGAAAGUUGUUUCUUUCUCGUACAGAAUGUAUGUGUAGAACAGCGUAACGGUUACACCGUACGUACACUGAACGUAAUCUAUGGUUCGAAAAUUACCGACGUGCCGGAACCUAUCGGCGAUAGCACAAACACAGAUGACCAUGGAUCAUUGUUUGAGCUAGUGGCGUUCCGAGCACAUCACUACUGGUUUCCCGACUGGCCCGAUCAUCGUUCACCGAACGAUAUAAACGUGCUGCUGGACUUGAGUCUCGAUGUGCUCGGUACGAACGUGCUGGAUACACCCAGGCCCGAAAGCAAUAACUCACUGAAAGGCAAUCAACCCGGUACGCCGGGUCUGGAGGAGAUGGUUGGUGCCGCACAGCUGGCUGCCUUGUGCUCCUCUACACCGACCGUGCUACCGAUCAUUCACUGUUCGGCCGGUAUCGGUCGGACGGGAUGUUUGAUCGCGAUACUGAACGGACUGCGACAGCUACGACUGUCCGUAAUGGCGCACCAACGUAAACAGCAACAGCUAAAGCAAUCGACACAACUUGUCCCAACUUCGUCGAUCGUAUGUGGCGAAGAGAAAAAGGCUACUGACGACGGCCACAAAACAUCGGCGGAUGAGCUGCAGGACGAGCUGGAACAAUCGUUACCCUUGCCACCUGUGCCGGACGGAUCUGAGGGGCGAAGAAAAUCCGCCACCAGCAUGGCGCUGACGACAGCUGGUGGCAAUGGCACAUUCCGGGGUCAACGGGACGGUGGUAGUGUGUUGCGCGAAUCCGGACAAGUGGAUAUACUAGGUAUCGUGUGCAAUCUGCGCCUACAGCGUGGUGGCAUGGUGCAAAAUUCCGAACAGUACGAACUAAUCCAUCGGGCGCUCUGUUUGUAUCUGGAGAAGCUAACCCAGGAAGGUCACAUAUAG